CUUAUUUACAUAUAGUUCAUUGUAUUUUAUUUUUAAAUGCCUUUAUUGAAAUACACAGUGGCAAAAUUUGCAAUAUGUAUUUGAUCAAAUAUAUAUAUGUGUGUUAAUAACGACUUUUAAGGUUAUAAACUAUGUACAUAUGACACUUAAAACAGGGACAAUAGUAAUAUCAGUAUAAGGCUGCAGAACUAGUACAUAACGAAUUGCUUAUUUAGGUACAAGAUUUUGGAUCAGUCAUGGCAGUCGUUACUCAACAGCCAUUAUCUACCACUGUGGAAAAAGUACAAUACAAUUCUGGUCCAAUUAAAAUACGGAAUUUGAUGGAUACACAGGAAGACUGCAGCUUUUAUGGACGUUUGUCAACAGAAGCUUUCAGAGAUAAAGUCGUUCAUGCAACAAAGGAAUCGAGUAUUCCAAAGGUGAUAGAAUACACUACAAUGACCAGUAGGGGUCGACCUCAGGAAUUGUAUGAUCGAAUAUUUGUUGCUGAAUAUGAUGGAGUACGCGCUGGCUUAUGCAGUAUAGGUUAUCACGGAGACAAAGAAAAAUUCCCUGAAAGGGCAAAUGAUGUAGUUCCAAAUUUUGAUUGCUGUGAUUUGUGUGGGUUGUUAUGCUUAGAUAUGGCAACAGCAGAGAAAAAUGUUCCUGUCGGUAAUUGCUAUAUUGAGGCAAUAUGUGUUGAAGACAAAUUUAGAGGGAAAGGAAUUGGGAAAGUUCUUAUGGACGUUGUUGAAACAGAUGCAAAAAAUCAUAAUUGUAAAGCUAUGUAUCUAUGGGUUGUAUCAACAAAUCGAGCACUGAAUUUAUACUCACGUCAAGGAUAUGUUGUUACAGAAAAUAAAACUUGUUGUUUGAAAUGCAUGUUAGGUGUAAAGAAAGCGUCACGAAUGGAUAAACCCCUGUGAUAUCAAGAAGCAAAACAUAUUUCUGUAAACAUUUUUGUGACAAGUAUGACGAAUUUAGCCUGCCUGAUCACUGAGUCUGGAUUAGUAAAUACCUUAGUAGAUCUAAAACACAUCGACAAUUCUAACCUAAUGAUCUUCAAUUUCUUAAGAACUAACACUCAGCAAGCAAUAUAUAUACACACUUUAACAAAAUUUAGGCUGAGUAACCACAGCUUGAGAAUAGAAACUGGGAGAUAUGAACGAAAACUAAAUACAAUCUCAGGAAAACUUGAGCUUCUGCCCAGAUGUGGAAUGCUCUAUCAACACUGUUCACAUAGCUUGAACUGCAUUUUGUUUUAGAGUGCUCUCUGUAAUAGUUAUCCCAUGAGGACGCAGUAUGUCAUUGUAAGAUCAUCCCGAUGGCCGGCGGCCGGAGGAUUAUCUUACACUGACACACAAAUUCCGAAUGGGAUAACUAUUUUACAUCCCAGCUGUUCUAGAUUAUAUAAAAAACCAUUUACGCUUCAUAACAUCUAGUUUAGAACGCCACACAAUCAUUAUACUAUACUUUAUAUAUUACUAUAUAGUAUAUACCAUUUAUGAGCCCCGGACACAAUGUUUAAAUAUGUUAAAUUAACAGAGAGUUUAUAUCCAGUCGUCCUGAUGUAGGGGUGUGAAUCAUGUGUCUAUAUUCUAAAGGUCUUGAGUUUUAUUGUGGAUUUGACAUUUCCGCCAAAAUGUCACAGAACAAAGGAAAGCACGCAGAACAAAGAAACUCGGGCUAGGCUGCUAGGGUGAUCUGGUAGGGGUGGUCCGGCUCAGCUAACCCCUGGUAGAACAAAGGAGUUGGGAUGUGAAUAUAUAUCUUUUUAUCUGAAUCAUGACAAAUAAAGAUUUGGAUUUCAAUACAGUUUUUAGUCUGUAUCUAAAUAAAAAAAAGUUCAGUAAGACGGAGGGGGAAAAGGCACAAGUUAAGGUGAACAAAUAGAGUUAGCCCUCUGUUUACUGGCUCUCUCCCUUCAUGCAUAUAAGAUUUUAAUCAUGUUUCUAUAUUUUGUAUUUACUCAUUUACUAAUUACUAGUAUUAAUAAUCAGUAUGUAUGUUAGAUUGCAUGUGUUGUUUGUGUGGAUAUUGCCUUACCUUAACUUUGUGAUUCAGUGUAUUGAUUAAUAAUACUCUUGAUGGGCCCUUUAAUUAGGAAUAAAGACAUUUGAUUGGAUUUGAUUUCAUAUACAUGUACAUGCAGUAGUGUCUUUUUGAAAAUACUGACAAUGAGGAAUUAUUUUAUGUCGUACACAAAUUUAAUGAUGGGAUAUGAUUUUACAGCAUCUAUUGCCAUUAUACCAACCAUCUGCUAAUAUCCAUUAUAUAUAAUACAUUCAAAUAAAUGCAUUCAAAUAAUAAUAUGUUGUGGGGAUGUAUAAGUACCCGUCCACGUCCACUCUGUGUUUUUGUUAGAUGUAUUUCUAUUUGUAUACAUCUGAUGAGUUACAAUAUAGGAAGAAAUAACGUUUAGCACCACCAUGCCACUUUACUAAUUGAUUGAUAUUUUACAAUGCGAGAUCGCUUUAUUUUUACUUGAAAUUAGCAGCACGACGGUUCACACUAGUGGAGCAGGAACUGUUUUAACUUCAGAGCCCGAGUACAUUCCCGAUUCAUUGCGGAUUUCGUGUGCUUAAUCUUUCUAUUCGAUAAUAUUGUUUACAAAUUCCUUAAUAUCAGUUUGUGAGGGAGCCUAGAGUGUUAAUAUAUCAACAAACUCAUUCAAGAUAAUUUGUAUUACUAUGAUAAAUAAAUGGUUUAAUGGUUAUUGUAUGAAUGUGUUCUUAAUAAAUGGACCUGUUUUUG